CGCUACCUAGCCGAGCACGUGAACUUAACAGAUCGAUAUCUUUUUUUGUAGAAAUGGCAAAGAAAUCUAAAAAGCGUCAAUUGGAAGCCGAUGUCAACGUUGAUGAAAAAAUAGGCACUGACAAUUCUGUUGACACCGGUUCAUCAAAGAAGAAAUUAAAAGUCAUUCCAGAAAAAUCUGGAAAGAAAAAUAAAUCAAGUUUUUUGAAACAAAAUGAUUUUAAAAUCAAAGAUAUUCCUGAAAAGCAUAAGCUAGAAAAUGAAACCAUUAAAUUAGAUGUCAAAGCAUCAAACAAUGUAGUGGAUAAAAAAUUAAAAAAAAAGAAUAAAAAGAAGGCUAAAGAGCAAGAAAAGCUGGAAAUGUCUGCAGAUAACGAAACUGCACCAUUGAUUUCUAAUGAUAAAGAAUCUACAAAAUUAAAAAGGAAAGAACUUCUUCAAAAAAAAAGAGCAGAGUUUAAAGCAAAGCAAAAGCAAUUAGGACAUCGAGCAGGAUUAUCUGCAACUUUGUCCAAGUUAUCUUUAGCAGACAUGAAAAAGAGGAUUGCAGAUAUUCAAAGCCGAGAAACUAUUUCCAAAACUGCUAUAAGAAGGCUAAGAAUUUUAAAAAAAAAAGUACAAGUCCUAGAAUCAGGUGGUUCUUCAGAGACUUCAACUGAAAAAGAUGGCACAUCGAAGGAUAUCUUAAAGGAAGAUAAGAAGAAUCAAAUAAAAAAAAAGACAAACAUAAAAGCGAAAGAUGAUGAAGUAGAUCCAAAUAAAAGCAAUGAUAAGAAAAAUAAAAAAAUUACAGACAUAAAGAAUAAAAAGAAACAGAAAUUUGUAGCUAAAAAUUUAAAUGAAAAUCUAUUUAUUGAAGAUAGAAUAGGUGAUUCAGCUCAUGACUCUUCAAAUGAUAGUAGUGAGGAAGAAAAUGGAUUAAAUAUUAAGAAAGUUACAAAAAAUAUUAAAAAAAUAAAAAAGAUAAUGUCUAGCAACUCCAAUAUUGAAAAAGUCAAUAAAAAUGAGAGUAAUUCUGAUGAGGAUGAUGAUGAAAAUAUAGAUACAGAUGAUGAUGAGUCUAAAAAUGACAGCAGAGAAGAAACUAAUGAAUCAGAUAAUCAAGAAAGCAGUGACGAAAGUGAUGAUGAUAAUGAAAGUGAAAAUACCAAUGAAAUUGUAAAAACUGAUAUAUCUGUUACUAAAACGAAAAAAGUACAGAAAAAAAAAUCCAAUCAGGAUGCAAACAAAUUGAAAUCUAAUUCAUCUGAAACAGAUUCAAAACAAAAACGAUAUGUUCUUUUUGUUGGAAAUAUUGCAUAUAAUGCAACCACUGUAGACUUAAAAAAGCACUUUUUAACAAAAGUGGAGAAAGUAAAAGAUGUUCGUAUACCUUUGGACUCAAGUACAAACAAGCCUCGUGGAUUCGCAUAUGUUGAAGUAGAAAAUAGUAAAGAUUAUGAGAAAGCUUUGUCUUUACACCAUACCUUCAUUAAUGGUAGACAAAUUAAAGUUGAAUACACUGCAUCAGGAUCCAAGAAAGCCAGCAGAAAUCCCGAAGUGAUCCAUAAAAAUAAGAAGCUUCAUGCUCUUCGUAAGGAUGGAAAAUUAGUUGGAAGUAAAAAGUUUUCUAAUAAACGUAGUUUUAGAAGAAAUUUCAAAAAUAAUCCCAAUAAAGGAUUUGGUAAAAGUAAGCAAAAGGCCUUUUAAACUACGUGCAAUUUCACCAAAUAUUAUUCUAUGACUUGAAAUUUGUUUCUUAAUUAAGUCAUUUCAUUGAAUGUAUCAUUUUAAUUGCAAGACUAUACACUGGCUAUUCAAAUUAUUUUUCAGUAAAUAACUACAUUUUUUAUAUUCGUUGAUGUAUCUGAUUCAUGAAUUUGUUUAUCUUGUAUAUAUACUAAAUGUAAUUUCAUGUACAUACAUGAACCGUAACAUUUAAAAAAAUAGAAGUAUAAUGGAUAGAUAAAUAUUACAUUAUUUUAAUACAUAAAAUAGGUUAUGGUCAUGAAUGAAGUAAUUUCAAAAAAUAAAUUUGAAA